GAGCAGCACUCACAGCUUUUCAGUCUCUUCAGUCACACUGUUGAGCCCCUUUAACACAACAUGGAUACCUCUUCUGUCCCUCAUCUCAAUUACAGCCUGCAGUACCAGUGGUGCUCCGACUCGGACCUCUCCAGCAUCUCCUCUCCAGAGACGCUCUCUCCUCUCCACUCCAUGGACUCCAGCCUCUCUCCUGCCUACCAGCAGCCCCCACAGUCUACUUCCAAGGCAGCUAAGACUAGAUAUUCCCAAAGUCUCAAGUCCUCACCAUGCUCCUUGUCUGGACGUGGCCGCAGGACAGGAAGAACCAACCGGAUCCGUAGCAAGCAGAGAGAGAGCGCCAGCGAGAAGGAGAAACUAAGGAUGAGGGAUCUGACUAAGGCUCUCCAUCACCUCAGGUCCUACCUUCCACCUUCAGUGGCCCCCGCUGGACAGACUCUGACAAAGAUUGAAACCCUCCGGCUCACCAUUCGCUACAUCUCCUAUCUGUCAGCCCAGCUGGGCCUCAGCGAAGAGGUGCUGUUUCAGAGGAGGGAACGAGCAGACACCUCGGUCAGUGAGACCUCCUCACCUGACAUCCUCUGCUAUUUCCAGAGUGCUUCCAUGGGAGGACAAGUGACUCAGGUGCAGAGCCAAAAUCUGAUCCAGAGCGGCCUGUACACAGCCCCGUGUUACAGCCAGACCACUGCGCUGCAUUCUGAGAGCUGUAGUAUUGGAGUGGAUCAGUACAGCGGACAGUACAGUGAAGCUCCUCGGACAGACACGAGCACAGACGCCAUCCUGCAGUCGCCUCCAGUGCCGCAGCCUUCCUGUCAGAUGUGUGGCAAAGACUUCUGCACCCCGCUUGUUCCAAGGGAGUACUGGGGUUGA